GCCCAGCUGCGGCCAGUGUCUGCUGACCCCGCUGUUGCCAGCGCUCAUCAGGGUGGCUGUAGGCGUCUCCGGGAGCAAGGGACAGACAGAGUCAAGUGCACAGCUUCUGCGGACAUGUGAAGAAGGAGUUCGUGCCUGCUUUGGGUGACCGCUGCUCUGUGGGGCUCAGCCAGAGCCCAGAGGAGGUACCUGUCCCAGCCAAGCAGGAUGAAUCCUAGGGGCAUGCAGAGUCCCAGGCUCCCACUGACCACUGCCCAGCACCCUUGGCUCUUCCUCUUUCUCUGUUUGCGCCUGGGUGCCUCCUGCCCGCAGGCCUGCAAGUGCCCUGACCAUGCAGGGCCCGUGGCCGUGCACUGCAGUGACAGUGGCCUGCAGGAGGUCCCUGGGGACAUCCCUGCUGACACUGUGCUCCUGAAGCUGGACGCUAACAGAAUCUCCCGCAUCCCUGACGGCGCCUUUCAGCACCUGCACCAGCUGCGGGAACUGGACUUGUCCCACAAUGCUGUGGAGACCAUCAGCCCUGCUGCCUUUUCUGGCCUGGCUGGUGGCCUGCGGCUGCUAGACCUGUCACACAAUCGCAUCAGGAGGAUUCCCAAGGAUUCCCUGAGCAAACUGAGUGCCAAGAUCCGCCUGUCCCACAACCCACUGCACUGUGAGUGCGCCCUGCAGGAGGCGCUCUGGGAGCUGAAACUGGACCCUGACUCAGUAGAUGAGAUGGCUUGCCACACCUCCGUGCAGGAGGAGUUCGUUGGCCAGCCGCUGAUCCAGGUGCUAGACUCAGGGGUCAGCCUCUGCAGCACUCAUCACAAGACCACAGAUGUAGCCAUGCUGGUCACCAUGUUCGGCUGGUUCACCAUGGUGGUUGCCUACAUUGUGUACUAUGUGCGGCACAACCAGGAGGAUGCCCGGAGACAUCUGGAGUACCUGAAGUCCCUGCCUAGCGCCCCAGUCCCCAAGGAUCUCGGCAGCCCAGUACCAUAGUGCUUAUGGCCAGCAGGCCAUCGUCCUCCAGCUGCCGUGGACUUCCUGGAAGGUAGAGACUAAUGUGUACUUUUGAUGUCCCCAGGGAGAUGGGUGUGAUGGCAGUUUUGGUACAGAGCUGUAGCCCAGCAAGUUCUUCAUGUACUGCCCUUGGCCACUUGAUGGGGGAGGAAACUGAGGUUUGGAGAAUUAGGGACUCUCGUGACCACACGGUCAGGCUGGACAGGAACUGGACAGGAACUUGAGGCACUUGUGGUGAUAUUCUGUAUCCCUUCCACCCUGCCAGCUGCAUGCAGGGCUGCAUUUGGAACACAGAUACACAAGGAGGGGCUCAUCUUUGUGUAAAUCUAAGACCCCUGGCAUGGAGGUGUGAGCCCCCUUCCCAGAUCAAUGUCCUGGGGAUCUGGUUCCCCAGGGAGAAGGGAGAGUGGAGCUUACUCUGAACUUGGCCCUCAGAAUACUUGAGUGAUUUUGGCACUGAUGUUUGAGUCCACUAAAGGGGAAAACAUGGAGAAAACCAGAGAAAGGUCCUGACACACGUGGCCCUGCCUGUUUCCACGCUCUGGUCAUGCCUGCUCGGCGGAAGGAAGGCCCGGACUUGAUCACUGCUGUGCCUUGAUCUCGUGUACACCAAAAUCUGAAAUGGCCCUUUUCCGAGGAUGGGAGGACCAGUGUGUGGCCUUUCCCGGCUAACCCACUAGAUGCUGUUUUUCCUUGGCAACAGGAACUUUCUCUUUCCACCUUUACUGCCAGUACUCUCAGAGCACAUUUAUUGCUCGGUUUUCUUAACUGUAUUACUUCAUGUUCAGGGUAGUUGCUACUUCCACCUAUAUGACUCUAAUUUUACUUUUUACUGUCUUUUUGUAGGUGUGUUUAUAUUUAAACUACUUCAAAUAUCUUUUUGAGGGGUGGCAAAUAAGAGUAAAUUGUGUGUGGGCUUAAAGAGUACUGCAUAGAUGCCUUGGCAAGCAGAAGCUUGGUGCUGAUUAGGGUGCUUGUGUCUGGAAGGCAUCAUGUGACUUGCGGUAGGGGCUGUGUAAGGCAUGACCUGGGCUGGCCAUCUACCUCACUGCCCCACUGCAAUGCUGGUUUGGAGACCCAGUCCCCACAGGUGUGAUGAGCUACCGGCAGAGCUCAGUGGAACAAAACAGUGGUUCUUUAAUCUCGGUGCAUGAAAAAUGAACGACUCACAGAUUUCAAAAUGCUGGCAGAAUGCCCAGGCCUGUGUCCCUGGGUGGGGUGCUGAGUGACUGCAUUGGGCUGUGUACCAGCAUGGCAGUGUGAGUGGGGCCACUUCAGACUCUACUCACCUGGCCUGUGCCCCACUGUCCUGAGGCAGUGACAUGAUGCUGCAGUGGACACUGCCCCUGUCAGACGCCUGUUCCCAGAAGAAUCGAAACCAGGUGGCCAGCCUGGGUGCUCAUGUGGUGGUGGCCUAGUCCCCAUGGCACAGAUGUAACCAUCACGAGGUGCCCAGUCCCAGUGUCCAGACACAGUAGUGACCCUGGCCUGGGGGUUCUUCAGUCCAGAGAAAAUGAGGUUGAAAAGCGCGAGUGAUGGAGGUGUGGAAUAAGGACAUCUGUUCCAAUGGGAGAGGUAUCUCCAGCUGAUGGCUGCCACUCUGCGAAGCAACCUGCACAGAGACGCGGCUUAGCACUGCUCCUCCACUGUGAUGAGUACUGGACGCUUCAGGGACCAAAUGUGAUGAUUUGAGGCCCUGUAGUCCCAUUGUCCCUGUCCUUGGGUGCUGUGGUGGGAGAGGCCCACCAUGCCAGGCCCUAGUGCCGGGAAGGGUGUGGGCCGAGGCCAUAUGUUUAAGGUCAGAGUCCCAGGGGACUCUUCAAUUGCUCUUCAGGGGAUACAUGGGGUGGGGAAGACCAGCCUGCUCCUUGCUGGGGUUCUGCUGGGCCCCUGUGCAGCCCCCACAGGGCAGAGGCUAAGAAAAUGCCCCUCCCUGCCCAAAGGAGUCCCAGCUCACAUGGUCUUGCUGGGCUCCUUGCUCUGAGGAAGACCCCCUGGACCCCAGACCCUAUCCUGCUCAUCGCGCUCCCACUCUGCUGACUGCAAGUCCUAGCUUUCUGGGGUACAGUGCCCUGCAGGUCCCUGAGCACUCCUGGUGUGCCUCUCCUGUGGGGCAGGGCAGAAUAGUGUAGGGGUCUGAGCCCACCCUCCGAUGUCCCUGCAGAGCUCUUGUCUUAGCAGUUGGGGAUGCUGGCCCAAGACGUGGGCUCUGGGCAGAGGGCUUGAGGGGCAUGAGUGGGAAGACUGACUCGGAGGUGGGAUGUUCUGGGCUUGUGGCCACAGCAGGUGCUGGGGUGGCUUCCAAGUUGUCCCUUCUGGAGGCUGCUCUAUACUCUGGCUCUGUCACCACUCUGACCCUCAAUAAAGCUCCCUGUGCUGACAUUGGCUCACAUGGCUUCUGCUGCCUGUCCCUGGGGCCUACUCUGCACUGUGACCUGGGACUGUACCCUAUUGAGCUACUUUGUAUUGGCUCCUGUCAGCUGAUAGUUAAAUGCAGUUCUUGCCACUAUGACAUUUUCAGAAAUUUUAUGACCCAGAUGAUAUUGGGAUCAUGGAAGAGUCUUCAUAGAAGGGAAAGUGGCAAAUGCUGCACAUUGGGGUCCCACCUUCCUUCUGGGAGAUUUUCCAAGGUUUACCCUCACCCUGCUGUGGAGGGCUGGGUUUGGUGUAGCUCCUCCUGGCCUAGAGCAAGGGCUUCCUGAAUCCUCACAACCGAGGCUCUUGGUCAGUAGCUGUAAGCUGUUCAGGUUGGGAGGACAAGGACAAGGACUGGAUCAGAGGCCCAGGACACAAUGUGACCCAUGAGAUUCACCUUCCAUCCAUACCUGGGCCCCCCACUGGACCAUCCAUA